AUGAGCAAAGUCCUGGAAAAAAUCAUUAACAAGAGACUUAUCUGGUUCCUUGAAUCGACAAAUCGAAUCUCAAACCAACAAUGCGGCUUCAGACGUAAUUAUUCUACCAUGGACAACCUAUCUUCACUCCACACAGACAUCUGUACAGCAUUCAAAAGCAACCAACAUCUCAUUCUGAUUUCACUCGAUCUGCAAAAGGCAUACGACAUGGUAUGGAGAGACAGAGUACUAUCGACACUCAUAAAAUGGGAUAUUAAUGGUCACAUGUUUAAGUUUCUAUCAAACUUUUUAACCAAUCGCUCGUUUAGAGUUAAAAUCCAAAAUACCCUAUCCAACUCACAUUAUAUCGAGAACGGUCUUCCACAAGAGUCAGCCCUCAGUGUCUCUCUCUUCUUGGUAGCUAUAAAUGACAUUGGCAACAAUCUUCCCUCUCCCGUCAAAUACAAACUCUUUGCAGACGAUUGCAACAUAUAUUGCAGUGGAACAAGCCUAGCAACCUCUUCCCAACUCUUACAAGAGUCUCUAAACACACUUGCCUUAUGGUCAUCCAAGACCGGCUUUAUUUUUUCCCCUUCAAAAACUCAAGGCAUCAUAUUUAAUAAAAAAAAAAAUUCACCGUCUCCUUCAAUUACCUUGAACAUGACACAAUUAAAUUUUUCGGAAAACUUACGCAUCCUAGGACUCACCUUCGAUCACAAACUGUCAUGGAAAACACACAUCAAAAAACUAAAAACUAGUUGCAUGGGUAGAAUGAACAUUAUUAAAACUUUAUCAAACCUUUCAUGGGGUUCUGACCAGAAUAGCCUCAUAUUAAUAUACAAAUCAUUAAUUCUCUCACUCAUGAAUUAUGGUUCGGUCAUUUAUGGCACUGCCAAAGCUACGACACUCUCCUCACUUGAUCCGAUUCACAACCAAGGAAUUAGACUAGCCACUGGCUCUUUUAAAACUAGUCCAGUGGCCAGCAUAUUAUGUAAUGCCGGAGAACCUCCUCUGCAAAUCAUUCGUGACAGUAACACGAUUAAAUAUAUGAUCAAGAUUUCAAACCAGCCAAAACAUAUAUCCUUCUCUAACUUCCACCAAAAUUUUCCAUAUACUAAAGCGAAGACUCCCACUACAAUCUUUGAAAACCUCAAUCGAAUAAAAAAGAAUAUUAAUCUUAAUAUAGAUUUAACCAAGAAGUCCCUCUUUCCUAUACAAGCGCCUUGGACUUGGUCCCCGGAUAUUAAUACGGAUCUUCUCAAAUAUAACAAAAACACAACUGCAAACUCGUCCAUAGUUGCCCUAUUCUACGAAUCUGUUGAAUUCUUAUACUACGACUACACACUUAUCUACACAGAUGCAUCUAAAAGUAUUAACGGAACAGGUUUCGCAAUAGUGGACGGCCAGCAAGCUAAAACUUUUCGACUUCCUUCAUUCUCCAGUAUCUUCACAGCGGAAUCCUAUGCGUUAUAUAUGGCAGUCCAAUUCGUCGUACAAUCAGACUAUAAGUAUUCACUUAUAAUAAGCGACUCUCUCAGCGCCCUUAUCUCACUACAAGACCAUCAUCCUCAAAAUGAAGUAAUCCAACUUACCAAAGACCUUAUCUCCUCAUCGAAAAACAAAAUUAAGUUUAUGUGGGUCCCAUCCCACAUAGGUAUCCCCGGGAACGAAAAAGCCGACAAGAUGGCGAAUGAAGCAGUUACAUCCACAACCUCUACCAUCAUAAAUAAAAUUCCGAGUAAAGACCUAUUAAAUGAAGCCCAUAAACGGAUUAUAAAAACAUGGCAAAAUCACUGGGAUUCAAUUCCCUCCAGUAACAAACUCAGAAACAUAAAAAAAUCUAUAUCCAAAUGGGCAUAUCCAGAGAACGCAUCAAGGAGAGAACAAAUAGUUAUAAACAGAUCCAGAAUAGGCCAUUCCCAUAUCACGCACUCAUAUCUGAUAACCAAGGAAACCCCCCCCUUGUGUGACACAUGUAAAAUUCCCCUUACAAUGGCACACAUCAUUAUUGUCUGCCCCAAAUUCUCAACCGCACGUUUCCUGCUCAACAAUCCAAGGUCAAUUGAAGAAGCCCUCAGUCAACAGAACUCCGACAACAUUUUCAAAUUUUUUAAAAAAAUAGAACUUGACAAAAAACUGUAA